AUGCCUCGAGCACCACGGCGAGCUGCGCAGCAAACCCACGAAGCUGUGACAACGACUCCAACUCGUCCUGCGACCACCAAUGCAAUCACAGCAACGAUCCCUCCUUUUAUGCUCGACACCCCUCCACAUGCUCCUUUCCUGACGACUCCCCUUCCUCCGUCGAACAACCCUGGGAAUUCCAUCGUGCCAGAAGCUAAUGCACCACGCCGUCCACCGGGGAGGCACCAACAAACGCCCGCGGACAACGGGAACAUAAACAGCGAAGCGCUAGAUCACUCCCAAGUAUCACACCAUGCCCUGGGAUCAGCCGCGUCAGAUGCGGGACAUGCAGAAGAACAGUCCUUUUUGGAUUCAGUGCAACAUGAUGUGGAGGAUGCGAAGCAGCUUCAUGGGCUAAGAGACAUUUCAUCGCUUGCCACAUGGACUUUGUCUUCCUCCAAACCUGGCUGCGGUCUGGCUCAGCUACGAAACCCCAAUCCAGCUCUCUUCUGGCAGAGCGACGGACCACAACCGCAUACUUUGACACUGCAUUUCUUCAAACUGGUGGCUAUUGUUAAGAUGAGGAUUUACCUGGAUUUUGAGCUGGACGAAUCAUAUACGCCAACAAAGAUAAAGUUCUACGCUGGGAUGUCAGAAGGGGGCUUGGUCGAAUUUGGUUCCUGGGAGGUUGAAGAGACAAUGGAUCCAGACACGGGCGAACCGCAAAGCAGCAUAGAGGGGGUCAGAGGAUGGAUUGAUGUGCCUUUAAAAGGCGUUGGCGGACGAGAAGUACGAUAUCACGACGACGAACCUAUCCUUGGUAUCGCUGGCUCGAGCUCGUCCCCAUCUCAGACAACCUCAGUCGAUGUAUUUGGAGGAGACGUCCUGAAGGCUAUGGUUGUUCAAGUCAGGAUUUGCGAGAACCACCAAAAUGGUAAGGACACUCAUGUUCGGGGCUUUCAGGUCUUUGCUAGGGACCAUGCCACUCCAACGGAGGUGAAGACGAAGAUGAGGAGCAGGUACCGCAGUAGUGCAGCUGAAGAUGACGAGGAACCCGAGCACGUUGUCGGCUUAAAGCUGGCUGACUGGAUGGGUGACCCUGAGAUACGAUAG